AUGUUGGGAUCUAAAUUCAUUACUUUGUUGGCCGUUAUGUUGGCUUUGGUUUGCUUGAUUGUAUCUGCUGCACCCGCUCCUCAUGCUAAACCUCCAAAUCCUAAAGAUCUUCAAAAGGAAGAAGUUUUAGUAGCCGAUGUCUUCGCUGUAAAAUCUGAUAAUACAAACGAAGAGCUCAAACCCUACAAUAUAAAUACAGAGGAUGUUGAUAAUGAAGAAGUCAAAAAAAUCAUAGAAAAUGCAAAGAUGGAGAAGGCCAUGUAG